AUGCUCGCUUUGGCGCAGAAAUUUUCGAGUGCAAAAGUGGUGCAUCCUCUCCGAAUGAGGACCACACCAGCUUCUGUCAGGUGCAUUCGUCAACUUGCGGAUGCACUGAGCUACUGCCAUGCGAAGCGUGUUAUUCAUCGUGAUAUAAAGCCGGAGAACAUUCUUUUAGACUCAAAAGGAAAUAUAAAGAUUGCCGAUUUUGGAUGGGCUGUGGUUUCUAACCACUCACGGCGGGAAACGAUUUGUGGAACACUGGACUAUUUGCCGCCUGAGAUGAUCAGUGGACAUACCCAUGAUCACACAGUAGGUUUCUUCAUUUUGAAAGCUUCAACAAAAGUUUGGCUUUUCAUACUUGUUAUCUUGUUAUGGCAUUGA